UUACAUGGAGAAGAUACUUCUUUCAUUAAAACUCGUAGGGGAGAUUACUUUUUAGUUGUUCUUACAGGAAAAAAAAAAAUGGAGGAAAAGCGAGCGAGGAAAAGGCUAGUGUUGGUUCCAGUUCCAGCUCAAGGACAUAUAUCUCCAAUGAUGCAACUUGCCAAAACUCUUCACUUGAAGGGUUUCUCAAUCACCGUUGCUCAGACCAAAUUCAAUUACUUUAACCCUCCAGAUGACUCCACUGACUUUCAGUUUGUCACCAUUCCAGAAAGCUUACCGGAGUCUGAUUUCAAGAAUCUAGGGCCAAUACGGUUUCUGCAUAAGCUCAACAAAGAGUGUCAGGUGAGCUUCAAGGACUGUCUGGGUCAGUUGUUGAUACAACAAAGUCAUGAGAUCGCAUGUGUCAUCUACGACGAGUUCAUGUACUUUGCUGAAGCUGCAGCCAAAGAGUUCAACCUCCCAAACGUUAUUUUCAGCACCACAAGUGCCACUGCUUUUGCUUGCCGAUCUGUAUUCGAAAAACUCUAUGCAGAAAAUGCCCUGGUUCCCUUCAAUGAACCCAAAGAAGAACAGAACGAGCUAGUGCCAGAGUUCCAUCCCCUGAGAUACAAAGACUUUCCGGUGUCACGUUGGGCAUCAUUAGAAAGCAUAAUGGAGAUCUAUAGGAAUACAGUUGAUAAACGGACAGCUUCUUCUGUUAUAAUCAACACGACAAGCUGUCUAGAGAACUCAUCUCUGUUGUGGCUGCAACAACGUCUAGAAAUCCCAGUGUACCCUGUAGGCCCUCUUCACAUGGUGGCCUCGGCUCCUACAAGUCUGCUUGAAGAGAACAAGAGCUGUAUUGAAUGGUUGAACAAACGAAGUCAAAACUCUGUGAUAUUUGUAAGCUUGGGAAGCUUAGCUUUGAUGGAAAUCAACGAAGUGAUGGAAACAGCUUCGGGGUUAGAUAGUAGCAACCAACACUUCUUGUGGGUGAUUAGGCCAGGGUCAAUACGUGAGUCGGAAUGGAUAGAGUCAUUGCCUGAAGAGUUUAGUCAGAUGGUUUCAGAUCGAGGUUACAUUGUGAAAUGGGCACCGCAGAAGGAAGUACUUGCUCAUCCUGCAGUAGGAGGGUUUUGGAGCCAUUGUGGAUGGAACUCGACACUAGAGAGCAUCGGGGAAGGAGUUCCAAUGAUCUGCAAGCCGUUUUCUGGUGAUCAAAAGGUGAAUGCGAGGUACUUGGACCGUGUUUGGAAAAUUGGGGUUCAAGUGGAGGGCGAUUUAGACAGAGGAGCGGUGGAGCGAGCUGUGAAGAGGUUAAUGGUGGGCGAGGAAGGAGAGAAGAUGAGAAAGAGGGCCGUUAGUUUGAAGGAGAAACUAAGAGCCUCUGUCAGAAGUGGAGGUUCUUCACACAACUCGCUAGAGGAGUUUGUAAACUUCUUCAAGACUGUGAAACAAAUUAGAAACUAGUAUCUACAUAACUCACCAUGUAUUGCCAGUGAAAUGAACAGUUAAAAAAGCUUAUGCUGAAGAAAGCAAUGGACAAAUAAUGACUUGUGUUGUUAUUAAGAAAUAAAUGUACUUUUCUAUUCUAGAAGA